CCCGCCCUGGCGAGUCAGUCCUCGGGUUCCCUCCCUCCUCGGGCGCGCUCGGGCCGCCGCUGCGCUCCCCGCCCUCCAGCCGCCUUGCCGGAGCCGCCCGCUGCCGGAGGAGGAGGUGGAGGAGCCGCAGGGGCCCGCCGAGGCGGCGGCGGCGGCAAGAUGGCGGACUUCCUGCCGUCGCGCUCCGUGCUGUCCGUGUGCUUCCCGGGCUGCGUGCUGACGAACGGCGAGGCCGAGCAGCAGCGCAAGUCCAAGGAGAUCGACAAAUGCCUGUCGCGGGAGAAGACCUACGUGAAGCGGCUGGUGAAGAUCCUGCUGCUGGGCGCGGGCGAGAGCGGCAAGUCCACCUUCCUGAAGCAGAUGCGGAUCAUCCACGGCCAGGACUUCGACCAGCGCGCGCGCGAGGAGUUCCGCCCCACCAUCUACAGCAACGUGAUCAAAGGUAUGAGGGUGCUGGUGGAUGCCCGGGAGAAGCUUCAUAUCCCCUGGGGAGACGACAAAAACCAGCUCCACGGAGACAAGUUGAUGGCAUUUGAUACCCGCGCCCCCAUGGCUGCCCAGGGGAUGGUGGAGACUCGAGUGUUCCUGCAGUAUCUUCCUGCUAUCAGAGCCUUAUGGGAGGACAGUGGUAUACAGAACGCCUACGAUCGGCGCCGGGAAUUCCAGCUGGGUGAGUCUGUAAAGUAUUUCUUGGAUAACUUGGAUAAACUUGGAGUACCGGAUUACAUUCCGUCACAGCAAGAUAUCCUGCUUGCCAGAAGGCCCACCAAAGGCAUCCAUGAGUACGACUUUGAAAUUAAAAAUGUUCCUUUCAAAAUGGUUGACGUAGGUGGCCAGAGAUCCGAACGGAAACGCUGGUUUGAAUGCUUUGACAGUGUGACGUCGAUACUCUUCCUUGUCUCUUCAAGUGAAUUUGACCAGGUGCUAAUGGAGGACCGCCAGACCAAUCGCCUUACAGAGUCUCUGAACAUUUUUGAAACAAUCGUCAAUAAUCGGGUUUUCAGCAAUGUGUCCAUAAUCCUCUUCUUAAACAAGACAGACUUGCUCGAGGAGAAAGUGCGAGUGGUCAGCAUCAAAGACUAUUUCCUAGAAUUUGAAGGGGACCCACACUGCUUAAGAGACGUCCAAAAGUUUCUGGUGGAAUGCUUCCGGGGGAAACGCCGGGACCAGCAGCAGAGGCCGUUGUACCACCACUUCACCACCGCGAUCAACACAGAGAACAUCCGCCUCGUGUUCCGGGACGUGAAGGACACGAUCCUUCAUGACAACCUGAAGCAGCUCAUGCUGCAGUGAUGACAAGACUUGCUAUUUUAAUACCUUGUUGUGAUUUUGAUUGUUUUCUGUUUGUCUUGUUUUUCUCUCUAAAUAGCAGUUUACAACAGCAGUUAGAAGAAUCUCAGUUGUGUGUCUAACUUCUUGGAGAACUUAGUUCAUCUGUGGCCUUUAGUUUGUGGCAGACAGCUGCUGAAUUAACCCAUUGCCAAUAUCUGCUGGAAUUUGGGCUUUGAUUGGUUUCACUGUGGCUUUCCUUCAAGUCCAAUCACAACUUCCUGACAACCUCACACUAGGUGGUUUCAGGCCUUGAAGUCUCAUGACUAUCCUGCAGUUCUAAGAAUAGGCAGUAGAGAGUAUGAAAAUUCAGCUCUAAAGAGAGAGUGCCUUACCCUGCAAUGACAUGCCUUGCUAGUGUGAGCCCUGGUCUGGAAGGGCUGUUAGAGAAAAGUUUUAGGGAGCAGUCUCAGCCCACAGAGGCUUAGCCCCCUACACACACAGCAGUAGUUUGUUUUUCUCAAUUUCUCUAAUUUCUGUAGGGCAGCAGUCUCGGCCCACAGAGGCUUAGCCCCCUACACACACAGCAGUAGUUUGUUUUCUCAAUCUCUUUAUUUUCUGAAGGUAAUGUCUUACUGUUUAAGUUUACAAUAUGGAUUUCAGCCUGAUGCUGAUGCGGUCACAAAUGGUACAUGUGUGAUGUUGAUCUGAGAUGACCAGUGACACGCAGUUUCCUUUGCCAUACAUGCUGUCACUAACUUAAUGUGCCAUGUUACAACAUCUGGAGAGGGCAAGCACCUUGGUGACAGACAUUCGCCAUAGCAGCCCCAGAGUGUGACUUUCUCGUCCUGUCUCCUUGGAUUUUGUGCCUUGCUGGAGGGAAACACUGUCGGGUCUUCUUCCUUCUGCGCCACUGUCUCAACCUCAGCAGCUCUGAACUGUGGUGCUCUCGGGCUUCCCUUGUCCCCGAGAGCUUGGUGGGCAGCAUUUCCCUGUGAACUGUUCAAAAAGGCAUCCUUUCAGUACCCGGUCCCUAGUUAGUGUCUCUCUGUGACAGAGUUUGUAUGUGUUGUGUGUGUCAUUGUGUGUGAGACACAGCUUCAUUGAGGUACAUUCAAAUGUCUUAAGGAUGCAUCUAAGGAUAAGCAAAUUCUUUUGGCCCAUGCUUAAGGAGGUUUGCCUUCACACACACACACACACACACACACACACACACCAUUGCUAACUUAAAUCAUGCCCAUGAGGUAGCGUGUGAUAAAAUACAGUGGCUGGUAUACUAAACCAUUUGGCAUGUUCCAAGUGUCCUGGGAGUUUGUAGAACCUGAGCUUGUCCCUGCUGUCCCUGGAGAGCACACGAGGGCAGUGAAGCCUGUUUUACUGUGUGACUAUUCUCAGGCAAGAAAUUAGGCCCUGAAAGACUGGGCUGACUUUGAGGCCCGAAGGCAAUGGCUUUCCUCUUUUCUUGCUGGAGGAUGCCAGAGCUGGGCCCUAGUGUAUGUAUACUUGAGAGACCUGACUUGUUCUGGAUUUGAGCUUUCACUGUCGUUCUGGUUAUAAAGUCCAGUGCUUUCUUGCCUUGGUAAUAUCAUGAGCUUAAGACAUGUAUGUCAGUAUCACAGUGCAGGUGUUGUUAGCAUGAUUCACCAUAAUUCAUGGUUCUACAUCUGGUCCUUUUUUUAAUCCAAAAAAAAAAAAAAAAAGAUAUGUCAUUUAAAUGUAUGGUUAGCAUCACUCCAGUGCUGAUGAGCAUUUGAAUGUGUGCGCAGUAAUGUGUUCUGUGUUAAUUUAGCAAACAUUAUUGUGCAUUGGCCACAACUAAGUGCAGUGAAGGCAGCAGAAGUCAGUCCCUCCAGUUGUGUCUGGUUACAUUUAAGCUCUGUGGUGAGCACAGAAAUCCUGCCUGACAGAGCAGGAUCUCUGAUUUCCUCCAUUGUGACCAUCACCAAGAAAGGACCAGAGCUCCUGACUAGAGACAGCAUCCUUCCGGGUCCCUGCAGCUUCCUUCUGGAGCGUGCAGCAUCUUAGAACCCAGUGUGGUCUAGAUCCAUUUUCACGUGGUAGAUUACUUACACGCCGUCUCCACAGGAUUGGUUAGAACUUAGAGAACUGUGAGGCCCAGCCAGAAAGCCACGGUCAGGUCCACACUUACAGUCUGACACUUACACACCCUGAAAGUCAGGUCCUUUUGUGAAGUGAAAUAGUGUUGUGUGAAGAGGGCGAUGGAAUUUAGCCAACAGAAUUGAAAAGGUGCCCAACCCUCAGUGUGCUGACUUCUCCCUCCUGGCCCCUGAACCAUGCCUUGGAGCUGAGGCUCUGUGGGGCAUUGGUCUGUGUAUGUCUCGGGGUGCUUGGAGUGACUGUGCCUAAUCCAGACUCCUCCUUCAAUCCCGCAGCCUUCCUGCUUACUGUCAAAGAACCACACAAGUGUCUUGGUUGACUUCGAAAUCUUUUUAUACAUUUCAGAGUUGCCUUAUAAAUAAGAGAACAACCCAGAUUUAGACCUUAAUUUUCUUUGUAAUGGGGAAAGGGCUUUGUUCCACAUUUUCUUACACUCUCAACUCAAGAUGUGCAGCUGCCACCCAGAUAUCUGUCUGUAAUGGCCUGAGAUGUUGCUCUCUGCCAAAUCCUGUCUGUAUUCAAUGGAAGCCUCCCUAUCAGGUUUUCUAUCUGGAAAGGGUACUGAUAGCCAAAGAGAAGCUUCAGCCAAGCAAGACGGGAUGUCCUGAAGAGGAGCAUGUUGGGGUUUGUUUGUUUGUUUGUUUUCCUAUCGCAGUGCAUUGUGGGUACUCCACACCCAAAGGGUCUUCUGGUGAAGUUCUCAAGUUGGGACUCAACAGGGAAAUGUUUGUUACGUUAGUGGCGGCUGUUGCUGUUACUAAAGUAAGAGUAAGACCACAUGAGUACCAGAAGUGACCAGAAUUGUUAGAUCCAGCAAAAAGCAUAUGCCCCCCCCCCAAGUAACUCAUACCUUCUAGUGUGUAUGCCCAAACGCUUGGGCAUCUGUUUUGAUGGCAUGUAUUUCUCAGUGUUGGUAUUCACAUCCGGUUAUGCCUCGUUUAUAUGAAGAAUGAAAUGGCCAAGUUAUGCGGUUAUAUCCUGAGACUCAAGCUAUUUGGAAAACCCUCAAAUUGGUGCUUUCAUUAUUUAAUGAUACAUUUAGGCAAAACCCCAAACAGACCAUCUGAAACCUGACUCCGAGGUGCAAUUUGUUAGCGAUGUUAUUUUCCUCCUUUGAGAAGACCAAGCGUCAGUGUUAAUUUGAAUUUCCUGUAUGAACCCCUGCAUCCUACCUAUAAGGCCCAGUCAAACAUUUGUAAGACGUUCCCUAAUAAACCUAGAGAGGCUGCUUCGUUACCCUCUCAUUUCUGUUCAUUUCAUUUGAAUGAUGGAGAAUGAAGCUUUUCAGCUCCUUUUAUUUGGAAAAAUCAGGCUAUAUGUCUCUUUCCUGAGAUUUCAGCACGUUAAAUUCCACGAGUCGAGGGAUCUUUGGUUCAUGCUGCUUGAAUGAAAGUUUUUUCUGCUUUUUCUUUUUUUCCUU